CCCAACUGAGGGCCUUCAUGUGGCCAAGGGGGCCCGGCUGCUGCAUGUGCCGUCUGCCUCUGACUCCAGCCUUGGCUCGGCUGGAACCAUGGAGGCUGCGUGGCACAAGGCGGAUACUUGCGAGGUGUUCAGCCGGGAGGGACAGCCUGGUGCGGCGCCCAUGAAGGUGGUCUUCUCCGGCUACCGGGCCAGCCUUAAGAACAAGGCCGCCGAGGCCCUUGCCCAGCUAGCAACGCUGGAGGAUGCUGACAAGGCGGUUACGGAGCGACGCACCGUCUUGUACAACAAGGUGGUGACUAGUUACCACAAGGCCAAGAUCGAGCGAGCUGGCUUGGCUCGCGAGCUGGAGGCUGUCAAGGGUGAGGCCUUCUCUCUUUUGACUUGCUUUUCCUGUGAGUUUCUUUUUUACUGACGGCCCAUUUUUGCCGGCUUGCAGCUGAGGCCGCCCGGAUCCCACAGCUGGAGUCGGACCUCCGGGUUGCCCGCGCUCAAUGCGCCACAAGUGAGGAGGCGAACCGGGCUGCUGCCGCCAAGCUGAAGGUGGCUGACGGGGAGCUGAAACGGCUGCGCCUUCUUGAGGCUAACCAUCUCAAGGAACUUGCCGCCCUCAAGAAGGAGCAGGAGGAAAAGCUGGAGGGUCUGAGCAAGCGGUUGGAGGAGGUGGAGCGGCAACGGCUUUCGCUCCAGCAGGAGGUGACCACCAAGUCCAACGAGCUGUCGGCCACCGCCAAGCGGUGGU